AUGGCUUUUCAGCGUGUACUUUUUGUUUCGCUGCUCUGGGAGCACCCCUGCUCUGGGAGCACCCCGGGCCUUCGCGGCCAUCCCAGUUCCCUGCAAGGCACUUCUGCCAACAGCUCAGCACGCUUGUCGAACCUUUCCCAGGCCUCAGACAACUGGACUCACUCAGGAUGCUGCAAUGGUUGCGAUUCAGGCUUCUGCUCGCCCGCCAGCGGAAGCUGCUACAACCAAAAGGCAAAGCAUUACUACCUGGACUGUGCCAGUGCUGGACAAGGCGGGCAAGGCGGGCAGGAUGGCACGUCCCGAAACUGGCAGAAGACUUCGGAAUACGGACAGCAGCCUCAGGAGCGGCGAGGUGACGUCCACGAAAAGUGGGGCGAGCAUGAGCUAACAUGCUAUUUCUUUGAUAAGGAGGACCAUUGGUUUUACGGCUACAAGUGCAUAGAUCAGUACAGUAACCACUUUCUGUGCAUGGAGGGUUUCUGGAUGUGCCAGGAAACCUGCUGUGGUCUGCGCCAACCUGGCUCCCGUUGA